AUGAGUUUAAAGAACUCUAAGGUCCUGAUCAUCAUUGCCGGAUUUAGCAAUCCACCAAUGUCACAAGGCAUGUUGAAUGAGUCUCUUGGCUUGGAGGCAAAGAAGUAUCUUGAGCACAAAGGCCAUCAAGUCAAGGUUACACAAAUUGCCAAAGGAUACAAGGUCGAAGAAGAGAUUGAGAAGUUCAAAUGGGCAGAUGUAAUCAUCUUCCAGUCACAAACAUGGUGGAUCGGUCUUCCAAAUCCAGCUAAGAAGUAUAUCGAUGAAGUUCUUACUGCAUACAUACCAUUGAUUGAGCAGUACAAAGGAAAGAAGAAGAUCAUGGUGUCUGCAACAUUCGGUGCAUUGGAAGAGACAAUCCAUGACAAGAACACAUGCUACGAAGGACUUGGCGCAGAGCAAGUCUGGUGGCCAUUGUAUGCAGCAUUCGUUUACUCUGGAUUCGAGAAGCUUCCAAUGGUUGCAUACUUCAACUCGUUUAGCAGACACUUUGUCUAUCAGGAGAGAGUUGACAAACUCCAUGCACAUCUUGACAAAGUUUUCGUCUAA